AUGGGGCCUCUCCUGUUCGCUCUCUUGCUCCUUCACUCCUGCCUCCCUGGAGGAAACGGCGACCUCCGGGAGGACCUGAUGCUGCUGAAGACCGAGCUCGCACUUCGCCUCUACCGGAGCGUGGCAGCAGCGAGAAGUGGAGCAAACGUCGUCAUUUCUCCAGCUGGCGUGUCCAUCCCUCUGGAGAUCCUGCAAUUUGGAGCCCAAGGGAACACCGGCCGGCAGCUGGUAGAGGCUCUGGGUUACACUGUCCGUGACCAAAGGGUAAAAGACUUCCUGCAAGCCGUUUAUGCCACACUACCCAACUCCAGCCAAGGCACCAAGAUGGAGCUGGCCUGCACCCUUUUUGUGCAGGUGGGAACACCGCUCUCCCCCUGCUUUGUGGAGCAGGUCUCCCGAUGGGCCAACAGCAGCCUGGAGCCAGCCAACCUCAGCAAGCCCAUCAGCACCAUCCAGGACAAUGAAGGGGCCUCCAGGCAGACCACAGGUGAGGGCCCAGGUGGCUUGACAUGGGAGCGCAGCGACACAGCACUUGCUCAGCUGGCGCUUGUGAGCACCAUGUCCUUCCAAAGCACUUGGCGACAGAGAUUCUCCUCCAUGGACACUCAGCUCCUGCCUUUCACCUGUGCCCAGGGCCUCAUCCUCCAGGUCCCCAUGAUGUACCAAAUGGCCGAGGUCAACUACGGCCAGUUCCAGGACCCUGCGGGCCAUCAGGUGGGGGUGCUGGAGCUGCCCUACCUGGGAAGUGCAGCGAGUCUGCUCCUGGUGCUGCCUCGUGACAAAGGUACCCCACUGGCCCGCAUUGAGCCACACCUCACAGCCAGCAUCAUCCACCUCUGGACCUCCAGCCUGAGGAGAGCCAGGAUGGAUGUGUUCCUGCCCAGAUUUAGGAUCCAAAAUCAUUUCAACUUAAAAAGCAUUUUAAAUUCUUGGGGAGUCACUGAUCUUUUUGAUCCACUCAAAGCUAACUUGAAAGGAAUUUCAGGCCAAGAUGGCUUUUAUGUUUCUGAAGCGAUCCACACAGCCAAGAUUGAGGUUUCAGAGGAAGGCACCAGGACAUCUGCAGCCACAGCUCUGCUGUUACUGAAAAGGUCUCGGAUUCCUAUUUUUAAAGGAGAUCGACCAUUCAUCUUUUUCCUGAGAGAAUCCAACACAGGGUUUGUCUUCAGUAUUGGGAGAGUGUCAAAUCCCCUAGACUAAAUUAACAGAUCUCAAAAGCAUGUUCUCCACUUUCAUCUAUGCUUUUCUUCAUAAAAACUUACAAUUUCAUUUUGCUAUACCCUUGAAAUUUAAAAAAUGUUCUGCUAAAGUGUAAAAAGGGUAUGUGAUUUUCAAAUAUUAUGAACCUAAAAAUACUUCAAUUUUACUAUAAUUUUAUAAAUUUAUUUUGCCCUCUCUUAAUCUAAAUGUAUUUUAACCUUCUUUUCUAUUGGUUACCCCAAAAGCACUACAAGGCACAGGAGUGAUCUAUGAAUGGUGAGUGAGUCAGGUCAUAGGGUCACUUCCUCAAUAAGGACAUGCAAGGCCCUUUUGGACUGAGGGUGGACCAUGAGUAACGUGGGUUUUUCCUUAUUCUGGGUAACUCAGAGAGAAUGCGAAAUGAGCAAAGCCAUCUUAAAUGUGUUUCCUUUCCAUUUAGUUUCUAAAUAAAACGGAGAGUUUAAGGGUGAGACUAGCAGAGCAGAACAAAGAGAUCCCCUUUGAAGCCCCAAUCUGUUGUGGGCCUUUUGUAAGCAUGGCAUUAAGCUGCUAAAGGCUAGACAUUUCAGAGUUAUGCGGUGUACUCCAAACUUACCACUCCCUAACUAAGCUUCAACUUAGCGCCAUCCACAAUCCUAGUGAGAAAGACAAAGGGGUUGAAGGGAAGUAAAAAAACCAAUAACGUCCAAAGGUGUCUGCUUUUUAAACAGCUUUUGAAGAGUCUGCCUAUCUGCCACCAGUAUCGCUGUUUGCAUUAUCUAGGCAGAAAUGAGUAUGUUGGUGUGGCCAAUAAAAACUAAGAACAUAGAGUAAAAAGACAAUGCAGAUUAUGUAACAUGUAAUUACAGUUAGGUUUAACAAAUACGAACUUCAAGUGGUGUAUUUUUCCAAUGCUAAAAAGCAAGGCCUUUAAAAUUCCAUUAUCUUAAGAUGGUUUUAAAUGAUUACUUUAAAUGUGAUUAUUUCCUAAACCACACAAGAGUAAAAUAGAGCAUUUAUUGAUGGAAUAACAAAAGUGCUUUUCUUAAAUAUUCUUCAAAAUACAUUUGUACAACUUACAAUAAUAUAUCCAAAAUAACUGUAUAUACAAAACAUUACCUAGUUUUAAUGUAUGUGCUUUUUUCCCCAAAAAUUACAAAGUAACUUCUUCUUUUUUAUUUUUUUGGCAAAGUUCAACCUUAACAGAGGUGACAAUUUUAAAGGUUGGUUUAAGAAAAUAGAACCUGAGGGAAAUUGACACGCAAGAGUCAAUAACAAGCAGAAGAUUU